AUGUCUAGUUUGACAAUUUUGAUUAACUAUGGUGGAUGGUGGGCUAACUCAACGUAUAAAAAUUGCAAAAGUAAAGGACUACUUGUUUCAGACAAAAUUACAUUUGAGGAACUCCGGAAUAAAGUGUAUGACAUUAACAAUGUGGACCGAAAUGAGUAUGAGGUAACUGUGAAAGUUAUAUAUGAUGCAAUGAAAAGUGCAUGGCCCACAGAGAUAGUUGAUGAUGAUGAUAUAAAAGCUUUUAUUUUUGAAAGCCUUUCAAAGUCUUACAAGAUUCCAUUGUGCAUUAUAGUGAAACGUGAAGUAUUUUCUUACGGAAGUGGAAGCAAUCAACAAACUCCACUGGUUGAGUUCGAACCAAUGCCAAUGAACCUCAACUUGGAUACUCAAGGUGAUUUAGAAGAUUAUGAGCAAGAUAAGGAUUCAGAAGAUGACUUGGGAAUCAAAAAAUUUGAGGACUCAAAAUAUGAAGUGGAAAAUAAUACAACACAUGUAGAUGAGUUGUGUUUUGCGAACAUGCAAUUUGAGGAUAUGCCACAUGUAGAGGGUGAUAAUGUUUUUCAAGAUAAUGUUGCCUUCGAUGAAAACAUGAGAUGUGACGAAGUGCCAACUAUCAAUGUGCAAUGUGAUGAGCCUAACUCUAACAAUCCAACUGCCCCAAAUGAGGAUAAAAACAUUCUACAUGGAUUAGACAUGGCAGAGCUAUGCAAUUCAAGUGGAGAUAUAAUUGUAGGUCAGGUGUAUGAGACUAAGGAGGAUUUUAAAACAGAGCUGGGUAUCGAUGCUAUGAAGAAAAAUUUUGAGUACAAAGUGAGGAGAUCUAAUAAAGAAAGAUUUGAAGUUGGUUGUGUGGAUGACAGAUGCAUGUGGAAACUGCUUGCAUCAAAGUGCAUAAAGUCAAAUUACGAGGGUGUAUCACGAGUACAUGGACCCCAUGACAUCAUAGAGGAUAUGCGGAAAGACAUGGGUGUCCUUAUAAGUUAUAUGAAGGCUUGGAGAGCUAGGGAACAUGCAUUGGAGUUGGUUAGGGGAUCACCAAAUGAAUCGUACAUGAGACUCCCAUCAUAUUGUGCUAUGCUAGAAGCCAAAGAUCUUGAAAUAAAACAUACUGGGAACUUGUCUUUGGGAUCCUUGGCUACAAACAAGGCUACCAAAUGA